CGUGACCGCACGCCCACACUUUUCAAACGCCAUGUUGCGGAGUUUAUCUGAGUCCGAUCACACAGAGAGCGGACAGUCCGCAGCCUCCCACUGAAGAAGCACUGAAGUUUAACCUGUAAACCCCACAAAUGACAGACUCCUUAGAAGUUGAAAUGGAAUCACAAGAGGAUCAAACAAAAGAAGAGGUCCAUGAUGGAUCAAAUAAAGAAGAGCAUGAUGAGUCCUGGAAACAGAAAUCCAAGAGCAGAAUACACCAAGGGGAAAUCAUUGAAGGAAAACGAGAGAAGAAAACAGUCCAAAGACUCGAUAUGCAGGUGCCUAAACCAAAAGAAAAGCCAAAAAUUGAGAGUAUAGGUAAAGGGGACAAACUGGGAGACAUUGCCCGUGUCAAUCAUGCCAUUGGAAGACUCAAAGCCCCACUGCUGAAACCUCUUCACAAGAUUCUUUAUGAUCGCCCAGGAGCUGUUGCUUCGCUACGGAAACACCUUCGAUUAUUUAACGGCUUUCCAUUUGAGAUCGACAGUGACCCUUACAACAAAAAGAGGGAAAAAAUGACCAGGCUCCCCAAAGUGCAACUUAAGACCAUUUGUCAAAUCCUUGAUCUUGAGAGGAGUGGAAAUCAAGCUGUACUGGUUGAUAGGAUCAUGCAAUUUCUCAUAAACCCAACAAAUUCAGGAAAGCCAGUAAUUGUGAAAAAGAAAAGAAAGAAGAAAACUAUGAAGGAUGCGAAACGAGAGAAAUCUGCAUCCAAGAGCAAGCAGAAGCAACCAGAGAGUGGAAAAUCCAGAGCAAUUGUUACUGAUUCAAGUAGUGAUGAUGAGGAGGAUGAUGAAGAUGAGGGAGAAGGUAAAAACAAAGAUGCAGAAACAUCAGACAGUCAGAAACAUGAAGGAAAUGAAAGUAACUCAGAAGUGGAAGAGGAAAUGGAGAAGAGCAUAGGUUCUGAGGACAGCCUAGAAGAAAGCGACGAUGAAGAGACUUUCAAGUCAAAGUCAAAGAAGACCAGUAGUAAAAAGAAAUCCACCCCCAAGAAGGCAGCAAAGAACGCUGAAGACACCUCUGAUCAGUCUGCAUCAGACUCUGCUGAAGACACUGCUCCCAAAAAGACUAUAAAGAAACCAGCUGCACAGAAGAAAGCGCCAGCCAAGCCUCUUCCUAAAACCAAGAAAGCAGACAGCAGUAGCAACAAGAAGAAAAAUAUCGUCAGCAAAAGCAAAGUGCAGAGUGAUAGCUCAGAUGAUGAUGAGCCACUAAUCAAGAUGAUUAAAAAGCCCCCAACAAAUGAACAGUUAAAAGGAGCUAUUAAAGAUCUCCUGAAAGAUGCAAACCUGGAGGAAGUGACAAUGAAGCAGAUUUGCCAAAAAGUUUAUGAUUUGUAUCCUGACUAUGACCUGACAGACAGAAAAGAUUUUAUCAAAGAGACAGUGAAGAGCUUAAUAUCCUAAAGGACGGGAGGGAGACUUCAGUUUUUAUGAAGAACACAGUGCAGAAACACAGAGGAGUGCAUCCGUUUCCUUUUUUCAUGAAAGCAGUUUUUCAUUAUGUCUCUUUUAUUUUGAUACAAAAGUCUCAAAUGACUGCAUUCUUUUUUGUAGUUUUGCAUCUGGGAUACAUGUAUAGUUUUGUGUUCGUACAUGUACUAAUAUGUGUGCAUGUAUAUAGUACAUAGUUUUACAUGUACACUCUCCCCCCAGAAAACGUCCUUAAUUGUUUAAAUGUAUUGUCGACAUGACGACAAAGCUUAUUUUAAAUGCUUGAUUUACAUUGUUUAGUUGCUAGAUUUGUGGUUAUCAGUGUACAGGUGUUCUAACACUCAGUAAUGUUCUCAAAUGGUGUUGAUUGCCAGUUCGUUUUUCAAGUUAUUUAUUGGGUUUCUUGUUUAAACCAUGUGGUCCCACUUUAUUUUGUAUGUGUUUGACUGCGUGAGCACACAUACAGAUGUAUGUGCUUUAUGUAUUUUUUAUUAUUUUUUUUCUCUGCCAUUUUCUUAGCAUAUUUUGAAUACAUUUCAUGGAUAUUGGGUCUCUUGCUCUGCAGACUGCUUUUAUAAAUCUUGAUCUGACUUCUUGCUAUAACUGCCAUGUAAGGUAAUUUGACUUAGAAUUCUCAAAUGAAAUAAUACCAUGUACAUUUUGUAGAUGAUUAUUAUUUUUUACUUUCACUGGUUGGCCAGUUUUUUUCAAAGCAUUCAGUGAAAUAACCUUCUGUUUGCUAAACAUUAUGAGUUUGAGUUUUUGGAUUGCAUCCACUUUCUCAGUUACAUUAUUGUAAAGAAAAGGUAUGUAGAGUUUACACCAAUAGCAGACACUUAAAGAUGUUUCCUAGCUCAGUCAGGAUAUGCACUGUGUUAAAAAAAAAAAAAUAAAUCAUGUAACUGAACCAGAAAAAUAAAUUUUUAUUACCCUUAAA